UGGUCUGCCGCUUACUCAUUGCGGAAAACGUGAAAGAAAAUCGUAUUGCCGCCUGUCUGCUACAAAAAUUGAUUGUUCUAGCUAGUAUAAACGUAUAACGGCAAAUCCAUCACUCCAAUAUGCAGCCACAAAUUGUGCUCCUGAAGGAAGGCACUGACACGUCCCAAGGCAAGCCGCAGUUGAUAUCGAAUAUCAAUGCCUGCCAAUCGAUUGUGGAUGCAGUGCGCACUACCUUGGGCCCGCGAGGCAUGGAUAAACUGAUUGUGAAUUCACAGGGCAAGGCAACAAUCUCAAAUGAUGGCGCCACCAUCAUGAAGCUCCUGGAUAUUGUGCACCCUGCCGCCAAAACAUUGGUAGACAUCGCCAAGUCACAGGACGCCGAGGUGGGCGAUGGCACCACAUCGGUUGUACUGCUGGCUGGCGAGUUCCUCAAGCAGGUGAAACCCUUCAUUGAGGAAGGCGUCCAUCCACGCAUUGUGAUCAAAGCCAUACGUAAGGCGCUACAGCUCUGCAUGGAGAAGAUCAACGAGAUGGCAGUGCGCAUUGAGAAGCAGUCCAAGGAGGAGCAGCGUACUCUACUGGAGAAGUGCGCCGCAACGGCCAUGUCUUCCAAGCUCAUUCAUCAGCAAAAGGAUUUCUUUUCGAAAAUCGUUGUGGACGCUGUCCUGUCACUGGAUGAGCUGCUGCCACUGAAUAUGAUUGGCAUCAAGAAGGUGGCCGGCGGCUCUCUGGAGGAAUCCCAGCUGGUCUCUGGUGUUGCAUUUAAGAAGACCUUCUCGUACGCCGGCUUCGAGAUGGCGCCCAAAUCCUAUGAGAAGUGCAAAAUAGCUUUGCUCAACAUCGAACUGGAACUGAAGGCCGAGCGUGACAAUGCCGAGAUCCGCGUGGACAAUGUCAAGGAGUACCAGAAAGUCGUAGACGCCGAGUGGCAGAUAUUGUACAACAAAUUGGCCAAAAUCCAUGAGUCCGGCGCCAAUGUGGUGCUCUCCAAGCUGCCAAUUGGCGACGUUGCCACACAGUAUUUUGCCGAUCGUAACAUGUUUUGCGCUGGCCGCGUCCCCGAUGAGGAUCUCAAGCGUACAAUGAAGGCCUGCGGCGGCGCCGUCAUGACCACGGCCAACGACAUCAAACCCAGUGUUCUCGGUUUUUGCGAGCGUUUCGAGGAGCGACAAGUGGGUGGCGACCGAUUCAAUCUAUUCCAAGGCUGUCCCAAUGCUAAGACCAGCACCCUGAUCCUACGCGGCGGAGCUGAACAGUUCCUCGAGGAGACGGAGCGCUCUCUGCACGAUGCCAUCAUGAUCGUGCGUCGCACCAUUAAACACGAUUCGGUCGUUGCCGGCGGCGGCGCCAUCGAAAUGGAGUUGUCCAAGGUGCUGCGAGACUAUUCACGCACUAUUGCAGGCAAGGAGCAGCUGCUGAUUGCCGCCAUUGCCAAGGGCUUGGAAGUGAUUCCACGACAGCUGUGCGACAAUGCUGGCUUCGAUGCCACCAACAUUCUCAACAAGUUGCGCCAGAAACAUGCCCAAGGUGGACAAUGGUACGGUGUUGACAUCACCAAGGAAGACAUUUCCGAUAACUUCGAGCAGUGCGUGUGGGAGCCAUCGAUUAUUAAGAUAAAUGCGCUCACCGCUGCCGCAGAGGCCGCUUGCAUGAUACUCUCCGUGGAUGAGACAAUAAAAAGCCCCAAAGCCGGUGAACCACCGAUGGCCGGUGGGGGCAUGGGCAUGGGCCGUGGUAUGGGCAGGCCCAUGUAAAGCAGAAAAAUACAAUUUAAAAUAAAAAAAGAGUUAAAAUCAACACAACACGAAACAUCAACCACAAUACACAAACUGCGUUUCUCAAACAUUCACUUGCAUCGCUAGUUCGCCUAACAAUCUGUCACAUGUAUUAGUUGUCAUAAAACGCAGACCUCUUUUGUUGCACCUAUUGAACAAUAUAUGUAAUACUGACCUAUGUCUAAUAAAAAAAUGAAACAUUA